UAGCAUUUAAGUUGUUUGGAAAUUGGAACAUUGUUUCUCGUUUUCUAUUGGCAGAUCUGAUCUAUUAUUAAUACCGUCAUUACUUAUCAUAAUUAAUUAUAUAUCUAGGUUCCUACUGAAAAGGUACUAACUAUCUGUAUUCCUUUUGGUUUUAGUCGAUCUUGAAGCAACAAUGGAAGAUAUGGAGCUUGAAGGAAAAAGAAACGUAUGCAUGAUAUUGAUAGGAAAUCUUGAUAGAGAAUUACGUCCAUCAACAACUGUAGAGUUUUUAUACCAACAUACUCUAGUUACAGCUAGUGUCUUCAUUUUUCCAAGUUUAUCAUCAGAGACAUUUACCAGAGGUGCCAUUAUGUUGCAUACUGAAAACGAUUUCCAAAAGCUUGGCGACUUCUUGGAAAAUCCAAACCACAUGAUAACAUCUUCAACCGGCAGGCCAUGGGUGGUAAUUGAAAAACAAGUUGGUCUCAAAAAUAUCAAAGCAUCAAUAGGAACAUUGCUUCCUAAUUCUGAGGAUGUAAUACAGGGAAAUAAUAGAAAGAGCAACGAUUUGAAGAUUGUAUGUUCAGGAACUCAAGAAUUCAAGAGAGCUGAUGCUAUGAGGGAGUUGUAUUUGGAAUUUGCUGAUCACCAAGUGCGGAUGCACAAGUCGCUUGCAUCCGAGGAGGGAAGUAUAUAUAUAUAUAUACCUGAAAUCUGAAACUGGUUCCUUCAAUGAACUUGCUUAAUAGUUAACAUUAUGUCCUCUAGGCUCUCGCUUUCUUUUAUUACUUGGAUAUGUUGACAUAUAUGUAUUAGCUAUCUUUCAUUGAUUAUGAUAUAGUCUAGUUUUAGACUAAACUAGAUGGAUUGGUCAUCUUAAUUU